GGCGCGCUGCCCUCUGUCCUCCCUGCAGGCGGGCUGAGUCGGAGGCUGUGCGCGCGGAGCGGCCGGGGCCUCGGGGCGGCAGCGCCCACGGAGACGCCGCCGGGGACGAGCCGGGGGCCAGCGGCGCCGAGCGGCAAAAUUAACAAGAACCAUUUGGAAAUUCCAGUAGAGCAACUCAUGCUGGAACUUACUUUGUCAGAGCAUGCUCCCAAAACAACACAGAAUAGUAAACAAGGGAUAUUCCGGUUAUGGAGUUAUCCUCUCAGCAAAGGAAGUGCCACGGAGAACAGGGAUUUCAAAAAAUCUUCAAUGGAAACUGGCUGUCAUGUGACCAGUAAUCGCAUAAGGUUCUUCGCUGUGAACCACUCACUGACAAGUGCUUCAGUGGACAAGCCAGUUGGCUCCUACCCUGCCCUGCAGAUGCCAUUAAGUCACUGCUGGCCUUAUGCUGAUGGAGGCUUUUUUAAGGACAGAAAUGAGCCUCAUAUUAAUUUAUGCUCAACUCUAGGAAACAACAGUGGCGAACUUUUAACUGCGCCAAAUUGGAAUCUGAAGUAUGGAAACAGCAGUGUGGAAGAAAAUUUAACAGAUGAAAGUGAUUUAUCAGAAAAUGAAAAAGCAAACGAUACUUUACUCAGCUAUUUUAAAAAGAUGGACCUGAACUUAAAGCCAGAAACAAUAGAAAAUGUUGAAGACUCUUUCACAGAAGAACCAAGUGAAGUAUUUCCAUAUCCUGAUUUUCUUCCCCCUCCUUUCAAUACCCUGGACUUGCACAAAUUAGCCAUCUCAAAAUCUGAAAAUUGGAAAAUGACAAUGGAGUCCCUAGACAGCUCUCUGGAACAUUUGGUAGCUCGUUUACUGGACAUGGAGAGAUUGCAGCGCGUGACUAUUCAGAGAGAACGGCCGAGACUGCAGACGUCCUUCUGUGCUCCCUUAGCUGCCCAACGACCCGCUUCCUCCAAAGCUGUACCCAAAAUGAGACAGCCCAAACCUUCCGACUCUGUGGGUCUUCAGACAGCUUGUGUAGAGAAAAGUCACGAGGAAAGGAAAACCAAUUCUGGUUCUUGCAAGCUUGAAUACAAUGCUCCCAAGUGGAAUUGCAGCCGUGCUGGGAAAUACAAGUGGAAUUCUAGACCAGCUCUGAAAACCUCACCCACCACAAAACAGGUGAUUGCAGCUUACGACGACUUUAAGAACCCCAAGGUCUCCAUUUUAAACCCAUGCCAAGAACUCUCAGCCAAGCCUGCUCCUGCCCAGACAACUCAGUUGCUGGUUAAAAUGGUCUCAACCAGAUGUCUGCCACCAAAGUCUCCUACACCAGUUUCACCUAUACCUCUGUCUUUUCCUGAAAAUCAGAGGGAAGAAAUUAAGGCACCAACAAGGACCAGAAAGAAACUUCACCGAAAAGACAUGGUACUGAACAGACCAUUCUAUAUUCAGAAGCUAAACUGUUAAUCACCUUCGUUGAUACCUAAGGAUAAGUGCUCACCCAUUGACCAAAAAUAACUUUUCUUUCCUGCAUCUCAACGUGAGCAAGUCUUUUCCAAGAAGCCUGGCUAAAAUAUGGUUCCUCAUUCCGAGAUACAGGUAUUACACACACACACACACACAACAAUUCCUGAAUGUGCUGUGGAGUGGAACUUGUGACAGUCGCAGCUGAGACGUCUACGUAUAAACCAAGGGCUUCCCUGAUGACAUAUUUGAGUCUCUUGCAUGUUAUGUUUCAAAGGAAUGUUUCACUUAGAAAACCAUUCUAUUCAAGAUGGUUCUUUUGUUGUGAUUGUUUCCCAGUAUAAUUCCAUCAUCAAUAAAUGGCAUAAAACUUAUCGCUGGUACAAUUAUUCUUUUAUUCCGUUUUAUUAAACAAUCAUAAGAGCCAGUGAUUUUUUUUCUGUUUUUAAUUGAAGUAUAGUUGAUUUACAAUGUUGUGUUAGUCUCAA